AUGGCUUCUGAUACGUUAGAAGGCCAAUGCCUCACACUGUUCGCCAUCACCAUGUUCUUUUGUAUCAUUUGCUUUGUGCUGGUCACACUACGAUGCUUUACUAGAAUAUCGAUCAAAGGAUUUGGCUCAGACGAUUGGCUCAUGCUCAUUGGCACGAUCUUUGGCACUAUGACAUUCGCCACAGUUCUCUGCGGUUGUAAAGUAGGCUUGGGCCAACACGACUACGAUCUCGAAGAAGGUGAUUACUCAAAGAUCAAGCGCGUACUCUACUGCGCCAGUCUCAUCUUCAUCAAGAGCAGUAUCUGCGUCGCUCUUAUCCGCCUUGUCAUAUCCAAGCGCCUCUUAUACACUCUCUAUGCUAUCCUGGCUCUCAGCGCGAGCUACGGGUUCAUCGCCAUGAUGACCGUGCUGUUGCAAUGCAAGCCUUUAAAAGCAACAUGGGAUCCAUCCACAGGCACAUGUUCCAGCCAGGCCAUCAUCGUACACAUCUCGUACUUUGUCACGGCAUGCUCAAUCACGACCGACUUUGCUUGCGCUGUCAUGCCCUUCGUCAUUCUAUGGAACCUGCAGAUGAGAAAGAGGCUCAAGUUCACAGUCGCCGCCAUGCUGAGUCUCGGCUUCUUAGCGAGCGCGGCCACCAUUGUUCGUAUCAAGUAUCUGGAUUCUUACUUUGCGACACAGGAUCUUGCAUUUUCCAACGUGGUCCUCUGGUCAAUCAUCGAAACCGGAAUCGCCAUCAUCGUCGGCUCCAUCCCUUCCCUCAAGCCUCUCGUCAAAUCGAUUGCUUUCUUCGGUACCCAUCACACCCGCAGCGAGAAGAGAACUCUUAAUCCUCAUAGCGAACAUCAAUCUUUCGCAAUGAGGUCUCCCGCACCAUACAACCAUAAGACACAGAUCUCUUGUCCAAGUGUCAAGGAUCGAAACUCGAGAGACAACGAUAGUAUGAAGGACUCGCUGAUGAACGACCCGGAUAUCAUUCUUGUGCGCUCCGAAAUUCAAGUUGAGGAAGGCUCCCGACCGAAUACUGGAUAUAAGAGCUUCAAGAGUUUCACUUUCUGA